AUGGCACAAGAACAACAUGAAGUGCAUCAAUUAUUUACCCAGCAGCGAAUUCCUGAAAUAAAGAACCAUGUUGUUGAGCUGGCACACGAAUUAUCUACUAUCAAUGAUAAGUUUAACCAUAAAAUGGCCCAGAAAUACUGGGAUAUCUUGGAAGUCACAGAUGAAGUGUCUACUUUAACAUAUACUUUAAAAGAAGUGGAUAAAGAGUUUGGAGAACUAUGUUAUAAUGAUGAUCUAUAUCAAUUGAGAAAACUGCCGGACUUGGUGGUUCAAAGUCAUACUAAAUCUCCUCUUAAACAGGGAAGCAUUGAGGAUGAUGAAACUAGUUCCUCAAUGAUCUUGGUUGAAUUAACAGAAUGGGCAAUGGCUGUAUACAAUUUCAUAUCAAAGAUGCCCACUACAACUUCUGAACCAGGGGUAAACAAUCUGAUUGAUAAUUUAAUGGAGCAUUUCGCAAAAAUUCAUAAGCAACUGGAUAAUAUUAUAUCGAAUAAAACAUAUGAACGAGUUUUAGCAACAAAAUGUAAUCAACUACAACGUUAUAUUGUUGAUGCUGUUACAAAGAAUGAGCUUUAUUUCACUUUAUUUCAAUGGGUUAAACUGAAUAAAAUUAUGGAGUACUCGGGGUUCCCUUGGAACGUGCAAAUACAUGAAGUUUUUGAAAAGAGUCUAUACGGGUAUAUAUUUGAGGAAGAGCAGGAUCUCGAUUAUAUUGUAUCCUCGUCAACAAAUGAAUUAGUUAAAACAUUUGUAAGAUCAGAAAAGUUCCAGAAUUCACUAAUAGCACAUACGAAGGAGUCAAUCGAGCAAAAACUGAAAGAGUUAGUGGAACUUAUGAAAGAGGAUAAGCAAGCAUCAAUUGAGCCAAAUGCGGGCAAGAUUGAAAUUGAUGGUAUUCUCUAUCCACAUACAAUAUCAGAUCAUGUUAAUAUCCAGGAGAUCAUUAAUACAGGAAACAUGUAUUCGAUGGGUUUAGAUUCGAAGAUAAAAAUGAAGAUAUUUGAGGUUUUGAAUAAUCUGAUACAACAAAUUCGUAAACUGGGUACUUAUAAAUGUGAUAAGACACUCAUUGCAAGAUAUAAAAAAGAUCUCCUCGAGAUAUUAGAAUCUGUGGACAUUAAAGACAAAAAAAUAUCAACGACUCAAUUGACUACCCUAAUAGGAACUUACAAUUCUAGCAAACUCGCUCAAUUGGUUAAUUCACAAAUACAAGCUAUAACUAAUCUAUCACAAGAUUAA